AUGGAGCAUAACGACUUCAACGAACAACUACAGAGCACUCUCCGGUGCAGCUACGGGUAUUGUUGCCUGAAGCUGAGGAGUUAUGCCUCUUUUGAAGCCUUGAAUGCGCACAUCAGAAACACUCCGGGCCACGAAUGCUACGAUUGUACUUGCUCCGGGCAAAGCGUCUUUUUUCGCACGGAAGCCGACUUACUCCACCACAGGCAUACCAACUGCGGCUUUGCUGGACAGGAUGAAUUACAGAGGUUCAAUCGCGAAAUGAGGACCUUUUCGAAGUGUCCAUACUGCUCGAGGAAGUACGGCUUUUUUGAGGCAUUGGAGGCUCAUCUCCGCGCUACGGCUGUCCACGGGUUCUGGUACAAGGAUUGCUGUAAGAUGUACUUCCCCGACGAGCAGUCGAUGCAUCAGCAUCAGCACACAGGCUCCCGGAUCGGUAUUCAGCCAUCUCUCCCUCAAGGAAGUGGCGCAAACGUCGUGCGUGGGAGUGCGCAACCCGCUCUUGCUGCAGCCGCUAACCCCCAUGAUAUCCUUUGA